AUGUGGUUUCAGAUAGAGUGGCCGUGCUCAACUAACACGAUCCAGUCUUACGCCCGUCUGCUCACCUCCGUGUGUGCCCUGGUCAGCACCGCGGCCGCCUUGACUCCACUGGAGGUUAGCGGCAAGGACUUCGUCAACUCCGAGACGAAGGAUCGCUUCCAGAUCAUCGGUGUGGAUUACCAGCCCGGUGGAUCCUCUGGCUUCACCUCCAAGAAGGAUCCUCUCAGCGAUGCCGAUGUUUGUCUGCGUGAUGCGGCCCUCAUGCAGCGCCUGGGUAUCAACACCAUCCGUGUGUACAACCUGGAGCCUUCGCUCAACCACGACAAGUGUGCUUCUAUCUUCAAUGCUGCCGGUAUCUACAUGAUCCUCGACGUCAGCAACCCUCUGGAGGGUGGCUACCUCGACCGCAGCGCUCCCUGGACCACCUACAGCGCCAUUUACUACAAGCAGGUCUUUGGUAUUAUUGAGGGCUUCAAGAACUACGACAACCUGCUCGGUUUCUUUGCCGGAAACGAGGUCAUCAACGAGGGUGCCACUUACCAGGCUCCCCGGUACAUCCGUGCCGUCAUCCGUGACAUGAAGGACUACAUCGCCAAGAACUCCAAGCGUGCCAUCCCCGUCGGUUACUCCGCUGCUGACAUCCGCAACAUUCUGAUGGACACCAUUCACUACUUCGAGUGUGACCUCAAGAACUCGACCUCUUCCCGCGCCGACUUCUUCGGUCUCAACUCUUACUCCUGGUGCGGCGACUCCAGCUACAAGUCUGCUGGCUACGAUGUCCUCACUGACGACUUCACCAACGCUACCAUCCCCGUGUUCUUCUCCGAGUACGGCUGCAACGAGGUCCAGCCCCGUGUCUUCACCGAGGUGCAGGCCAUCUACGGUGAGGAGAUGACCCAGGCCUUCUCCGGCGGUCUCGUCUACGAGUGGACCCAGGAGGACAACGACUACGGCAUGGUCAAGAUCAACGACUCCAAGACUCUCACCACUCUGGUCGACUACGACAACUUCCAGAAGCAGCUGAACAAGCUCGACUUCGAGCGUAUCACUUCCAGCAACGCUACCCAGGCCAACGUCAAGGCCGAGACCUGUGAGACCUCCCUCAUCAAGCGCAAGUCCUUCUACAACUCCUGGGACCUGCCCGAGGUGCCCUCCAAGGUCUCCGACUACAUCAAGAACGGUCUGCCCAACGCCCCCGUCGGCAAACUCGUCUCCGUCACCGGCACCACCAUCCCCCAGAAGGUGUACGACCACACCGGAAAGGAGAUCACCGGUAUCAAGUUCGAGGUGAAGUCUUCUUACAACACUCCUUCCGCCUCAUCCACCUCCUCUUCCGGCUCCGGUUCCGACAGCUCCAGCUCCUCCGACAGCACUUCUGGCUCCGGCUCCACCAGCUCUUCCUCAUCUUCCACCACCCCCAACGCUGCUGCGUUCAACGGUGCCCCCUCCAUUGCCCUCGGUGGUCUUGGUGGUUUCUUCAUGCUUCUUGCAUCCCUCGUCUAA